UGCAGUUUGCCCCACCUCUUCCUCCUGCAUGCACUUUAACCCUCCUGCUUUGGUAUAUAUAGUAUGUGAGACUAUUAGAGUUCUCCUGGCAGCCAUCAUGAAGGGUACUGUCUCGAUCUGCUGUUUCCUCGCCCUGCUGCUUUUGCAGGCCACUGCAGAGGUGGAAGAAUUGGACCACGUCCUAAGAGACAGAUCUCACAUCGAUGAGACGCUGCGGCUUGCAACUGAGGAAAAAGCAGCAGAUUAUGUCGCGGCUAUACAAAAGUUGCGGAAGAUCUACCAUUCAUCCAUCAAACCAAUGGAGCAGGCCUACAAGUACAACGAGCUGAGGCAGCAUGAGAUUUCAGCAUACCCUGGACGAACCCUGGGUGACUCGGCCACAGAUGGAGAGAUUACCUCCAAGCCCAUGGUGCUGUUCCUUGGACCUUGGAGUGUAGGGAAGUCCUCCAUGAUCAAUUACCUCCUGGGCUUGCAAGACAGCCCGUAUCAGCUCUACACAGGAGCUGAGCCCACUACCUCUGAGUUUACUGUUAUCAUGCACGGCGAGAAAAUACGCUCUGUAGAGGGUAUCGUCAUGGCAGCAGACAGCUCUCGCUCCUUCUCUCCCCUUGAAAAGUUUGGCCAAAACUUCCUGGAAAAGUUAAUAGGUAUCGAGAUGCCUCACAAGCUGCUGGAACGUGUGACUUUUGUGGACACGCCUGGAAUCAUUGAGAACCGAAAGCAGCAGGAACGAGGUUAUCCUUUCAAUGAUGUUUGCCAGUGGUUCAUUGACCGUGCUGAUCUCAUCUUUGUUGUGUUUGAUCCAACCAAGCUGGAUGUUGGUCUUGAGCUGGAGAUGUUGUUUCGACAGUUGAAAGGCAGAGAGUCCCAGAUCCGCAUAAUCCUAAACAAGGCAGACAACCUGGCCACGCAGGACUUAAUGAGAGUCUAUGGAGCACUCUUUUGGAGUUUGGCUCCCCUCAUUAACGUGACUGAACCGCCUCGUGUCUAUGUCAGCUCCUUCUGGCCAUAUGAUUACGCCCCAGACACUAGCCGGGAGCUCUUCAAGAGAGAAGAAAUCUCCCUCCUAGAAGAUCUCAACCAGGUGAUUGAGAACCGUAUGGAGAACAAGAUAGCCUUCAUCCGCCAACACGCCAUCCGCGUUCGCAUCCACGCCCUGCUAGUGGACCGUUACGUUCAGACCUUCAAAGAGAAGAUGAGCUUCUUCAGUGAUCCCGAACUGGUCUUCCAGGAGAUUGUGGACGACCCUGACAAGUUUUACAUCUUCAAAUCCAUUCUAGCCAAGACCAACGUCAGCAAGUUUGACCUACCCAACCGAGACGCUUAUCGUGACUUCUUUGGCAUCAACCCAAUCGCAAGCUUUAAGCCUCUGGCAUCUCAGUGUUCCUACAUCGGAGGCUGCCUGUUGGAAAAGAUCGAGAAGGCAAUCACCAACGAGCUGCCUGGUCUCCUAAGCAGCAUUAACUCUGGCAAGCAGCCUGGCCUCUCAUCUUGUGAGAUCACUGGCUGUGGCGAGAAGCCAAAAAACCGCUACCGAAAGAACUGAGGAACAUAAAAUAACUUGUCAGGGGGAAGAAAGGAGACAUAGGAGGUGAAGAGAAAGAGGGGUCCUGGUGGGAGCCAGAGCCCUGCUUUUAACAGGACAUUUGCAUUGUUAAGGUGACAUAGGGAAGAUUAAUGUUUGGGGUUUUUUGUCCUCAGGAGAAUAAGCAAAUGUGAUAGUGAGAGAAGAAGAGGGAAGCCAUCGUUGGAUAAGGCAGCUUAAGGACAUAAAUAAUAGAGGAACGAGAACCCGCCACUCAUUUCAAAGUUCAUAAAACAUACACCUUUCUCUUUCUUAUGGCACUGUCACCCUGGACUGCCUCACAAGGAAUUGUCAGAGAAAUUACAGAUGCUGAAAAUAGGCAAAUACCAGACCCACUUAAAACAGAUGUUGAAAACAGAUGUUUGUAUACUAAUAUUAAAAGGAUUAUAUUAUCCCAGGUACAUUUCAAACACAUCAGUUGAAUUCGAAGUAGCCUUUUUGUUGGUGCUAUACAAAAGCAUUGGUGUCUGUCUAAACAUGCAGACCUUUGCUAUAGAUGUUAAUUAUCUUUGCAUGUUAGGAUUUCAAUGUUUAUCUACAAAUGCAUGUUUUUCUUCUGCCAUAAAGAAAAAAAAAACCCUCAUGCAGCAAUUUUGAGACCAGUACCAAAUCUAACCGGCAUCAAACAAGGGAUUUCAUCUCUUAGCUUUGGACACUCAUCGCUUCUGGUUUUUUGACAAUGAAGUAAACAAAGGUCAGGGUUCAUGAGUCUUUGGAGCGCAGGUGGUACGUUUAUUCUGCUACACAUCUUAACUGUUGUAAUGUCUAUUUUUUGAGUCUAUAAACUACCAGGGUUUGGCAGAAAGCAAGAAGUUAUUUUUAUUUAUUUUUUUGACAUUUACUCUGCCGUUUCUCUGCCUGCUUUUGAGAUAUGUUGAAUGUUUUUUGUACAUCUGCCCAUCGGUUGGCAUCUGCCUUUCUCAGAUCGGUAAAUGUGGGUUACAGGUUAAAUUACUUAUACCCAUAUUUUCCAACAAAUUCUGGGGGAUCCAAGGUGAUCUCAAUCCAGUAAGGAUGUAUAGUCCUUCCAUCGAGUACUAUUGUCCCCAGGGUCUCCUCCCAGUGGGAUAUUCUCAAACAGAUGGUUGAUUCAUCAUUAUCUCAUGACCAAAGGUAGAGGGAUAGCAGGUGGUAAUACAAAGCUUCUUGUCAGAGUGAUUUCUUCCCUACAAUUGACUAGAAUAGCAAACACAUUACUGGAGACAAAGCUCAUGUAAGUCUACCCAUGUCUUACUGCAUUGGAACACCAAAGGGAGAAUUAAACCUUUUUCCUGUUUACUUAGAGUUUGCGACUCUGAUCUUCACUGUUUUACUCUUUUCUCCUUACUUUGCUAAUUUAUUCUAAAGAUGUCGACAGUCUACUGUCAACAAAUAGAAUAGUUUAAAAUUGGCAGCCUUGGUGAUUAUUAACAUGCACUUGGAAGGAAAAACAGCCCUUAAAACAUCCCUAACAAAAUUAAUGCAUACAAUCAUAAACCUGCUUCAGACUCAACAUGACACACAGACUGGACAUCUAAGCUACCAUAACUCCUUCAGCAGCGAGAUCCGUUCCAUUGCUGCACGGUUUUCUGUUAUACUCUGGAAAUUGCUCCAUUUGUAAGUCGACCUAAAAAAAUACAAUUUGAAGCAAUAUUGUAUGUUUUGAUGACAGAUCUCUGCAAUGGCUGAUAGGAUUACAUGUCCCAAGCAUGCAAAUGUAAAACUGAGGACUCAUGAGUUGAUCCCUGACCUUCAUGGAAACAAGGUAAAUUCUUUUCCCAGAGUGAGAAGAAGGAAAUAGACACAAAGCUAAAAACUGUCAACAUUAAACAGUUAUCACAAGAGUGGAGUAAAAUAUUGUAUAAAGGUGCAUAACAGCAACCAGCUGGACUCAAGCAUCUUCCACUUUUUUAUAUUACAUAUAAUAUUAGGAAUAGUUUCACUUCCAGCUUCAGAUCCACCCUAGCAUUUAUGCAAAGCUAUGCAAAAACAGGCCUGCUGCUUCAUAUUCACAACACAGCUGGAUAGUAGGUUAUUGAAAUUUGUUUUUUCUCAGCAUGAGAAAAAAAUCCAACACCCUUAUAAAGUUCAGACAUUCUUUGAGACAUGAUGAGGAGAAGUGCAACGAUUCAACUGGUGAGCGCUCCACUGCGGUUUUGGAAUAUGGCCACUAGAGGGGGCUGUUCAAAAGAGAAACUAUGUUGUCAGAUGCGCGUGGUUUAUGACAUAAACUGGUUGUGCUUCUGAUAUAUUUCAUUGUCAGUUUUACUCACCUUCUAGAUGAUGAAUGGAUGUGUUCUGUCCAACUAGUCCCUUAAUCACCUUAAGGUGUGACACUGACAUUACCACUGGCCCAAGUUGUGGAUGCUUGACAGAAAAGAAUAAAGAUUUCUGAUUGACUGGUUCAGAGAAA